AAAUAUAGAGAGAUUGUCCUGUCGGUGGGUGGGGAUCUCCUUGCUAAGAAACAAUAUAGACAAAAAGUUAUAAAAAGGUGGAGAUUAAAAAAAAUGAAAAGGGAUUAUCCUAUAAAUCAUGGAAAUUAUGUGGACAUUCAAACCAAUGUUGUAUUACGUGAUGUUAAUGUUUCAAAUUUAGCUGCAUCUAAGCAAGAAGGUAAGAAAAAGGCAAUUGAAAGAUGGAGGUUAAAGAAAGAUAGAUCUAAAUCUCUUCAGACUUCUCCGGUCAUUUCUAGAGAUGCCAGUAUGGUUAGACAACAUUGUACACUUGAACCUAUUCAUGCAGUUGAAAGGACUGGUCUGUAUGAUUCUUUUGCAGAGUCCAGUAAUGCGGCGAACCUUAGGAAAAGGGUUAAUGAAACAUUAAAUGAUAUGCAAAGGGGGAGACUUAAUAGUAAGAAAAGCAAAAAAGAUCAUUUAAAAAAUGGUAGGCACCGACUUACGGCUAUUCCUCUAACACCCUUAGUUCUAAAGAACGUUUCAGAUUGUCCGCAUUGUUUUGCAAAGAAAUUUGAAUAUGAAACAUAUAGCUUAUGUUGUUUGGAUGGAGAUACUGGAAGCGUGUCCUCGAUUAACUGA